AUGCCGAAAUAUACUAAAAAAAAUCGUCCUCCUCGGAGUACGAUGGCGAAAUCAGGCGCUGAUGAUUGUGCAUCCAUUGAUGAUGGUGUUAGUUUAUGUUCAAAUAUUUCUGAUGGAACAAGUAUUUAUGAUGAUAGUGAAAUUGGUUUCUCUUCAGCACCUGAUCUUAUUAUUUCAUCUGAUAGUCUCGAUGAAAAACUGGAUAUGUCAAUUGAAGGACUUCGAAAUAAAGAUUCAAGAACUCGCGAAGAUUCAUUACGAACACUUCAAGCUUUAUUCUCACAAAAAUACAUAUACGAUUUAGUGUCUAGCCGAAGUGAAAAUUUAACUGAACAAUUAGCAACAUGUCUAAGGAAAAGUAAUGAAUCAGAAGGACGACUAGCAGCUAUAGUUACAUCACUAUUUGUGAUACAACUUGGUGAAACAAGUGAUGAAUUAUAUACAAAAUUUCGAGAUGCUAUUAUGCCAAUAUUACGAGAUGAAUCAAAAUCGUCAGUACUAAGAAAACACUUUGCUAAAGCAAUUGGAAUUAUUUGUUUUAUUGCCUGUGAAGAUAUUUCAAUGACUAUUGAAUUAAUGAAAACAUUGGAAACAAUUUUUUCUCGAUCAUAUCUAAAUGGCGAUGGUAUAUCACCUAUCUUAAAUCAUGAUCUACAAGAUUUACAUACAGCUGCACUUUCAUCUUGGUGUUUACUAGUAUCAACAAUGCCAAGCAAUCUUGCACACGAAUUAGUGCGAAUAUACGCCCCUGAAAAAAUUCCCGGUCUUAUUGAAUCAAAUCAUGCUGAAUUACGUAAUCAAGCAGGUGAAGCAGUUGCUAUUCUAUAUGAAAUAGCACGAGAUAUAAAAAGUAUAUUUGCUGAACCGCCUGAAUCAUUAUUAUUAAUAUUAGAAAAAAAAGCGAAUGAAAGUGCAAAAUAUAAAGGAAAAAAAGAAAAACGUCUACAGCAUGCUACGUUUAGAGAAAUUUAUAACUCAUUCGAAGAAGGUACUUCACCAGAAUUCGAUGUUAAAUUUGGUCGUGAAGUGUUAGAAAUCACUUCAUGGACAACUCGACUUUAUUAUAAUACACUCAGUAGUAUAUUGGCUGCCGGAGUGAAUGUGCACUUAAAAGAGAAUGGAUUUCUUCGUUCUAUUUUCAAUUUGGACGAAUUGGAUAUGGAAGAAAUUCAACAAUCGAAAGGCAAUCGAUUUGAACGACAACUAGCGAAUAGAAGCGCAUUCAAAAUUCGUACUCAAGCACUGAACAAAACUCGUGCUAAUAAAGUGACACGUAGUCAAUAUGAUGAUUAA